AUGGAGGAACCCCUCUUAGGAGACUCCGUCAAGACGUCACUACCAGCUGUGAGCGAUGCCGUCGUCAUAAAAUGCGAUCGAAAACGUCCCUGCACUAGAUGUGCCAAGGCGGGGACCGAGUGUAUUCUCCAAGGCAUUGGAGAAAAGCAGCGUCCUGUUUCGAAGAGCUAUAUUCAAGCCCUCGAAGGCCAGAUAACCGCGCUUGAGCAGGUCAUCCGCAAGCUGGCCGUCGCGGACAACGCUGAGCGAGAUCAGAUCAUCUCGGAUCUAUCCUUGACCACGGGAGCUGCUAAUGUCUCGUCAUCGGAUGGCGGACAGGCUGAUCCCAAGUCAGAUCCGAGCCUUGCGGCUGCGCGGGUUAGGUCUGGUCAGCUGAGGCGACUGCGAGGAGACAACGCGGCUCAGUUCUUUGGGGGAACAAGCUUACUGCAGAUACACUUUUCAAAGGAUUCUUCUUCUUCGUCUCCCGCUGCGGCGAGUGCUGUGGGCAUAGAGUCUUUGGCCAUAUCGACAGAGGGCUCGAAUGCCAAUAACAGUCAAAAUAUUGUUAACAACAGCGUGGAUGUGGGCGAUCUGUAUGGCUACCUCGAUGACUAUGGUCUUCAGAGUGCGACUUUCCAGUACGAGCCCCACCAUGAAACUUCACAGAAGCUCAUGUCAACCUUCUUCUUGGAGAUUUAUCCAUACUACAUGGUCGUGUACCGCGAGUAUUUCUUGAGAGACUAUGAUGUCGGGUCUGGGAAAUAUUACUCCGACGUGCUGCUGUACUCGAUAUGCGCCCUGGGAGCGCUGCAGUACGACGAUAUGCUCAGCCUCUCCGACGUCUUCUCGAGCCAGGCUCAGACCCUCCUUUAUUCCACCCUCGACAGUCCUGACCUGACGACUCUCCAGGCCCUCGUUCUACUUGGUUAUCGCGAGAUUGCCGUUGGCCGAGCAUCCAAGGGCUGGCUGUUCUGCGGCAUGGCUUUCCGCCUCGCACAUGAAAUGGGCCUCCAUCUCGACCCGACCAACUGGGAGGGAUCUACCGAGUCGAUUGGUGACCGAGAGAUUCUGCGGCGAGUCUACUGGGCGGCCUUCAUCGCCGACAAGCAGCUCAGCCUCUAUUUCGGCCGGCCUCCAGCUCUGUACCCUGGCGAGUCGGAUGUGCGGAAUACCAUCCGGCUGCAAUAUCCCCCUGGUUGGCAGGGCCUCCUUGAGACGUAUAUUUGCAAGGGAGCGUCAGCAAACGAGUGGGACAAUGGCGUUGCUCUCGUGGGCUCGUUCAUUUACAGGGCAGAAUUGUCCAAAAUUAUUCACGUCAUCAUCACUGACCUGUUUGAGAAUCGGAGAGGAGGUGCAGAUCCAACCAUUAUCGCGACAAAGACGCGGAGGAUACAUGUGUCGUUGACCAAGUGGCUUUCCAAUCUGCCCAGCUUUUUGCACUGGAACCAAUGGACGGUUGGCCAAGUGCCUCACAACGUUUUACAUCUUCACAUGAUGUUUCACACCAUUAUGAUAAUUCUCCAUCGACCACCGUCGCAUAUGUUUGAGAAGCCGGGCAUUGCCGAAAGCGAAGACGUGGAAAUCUGCUACGAAUCUCUACAGGCAAUUCUACGUCUAAUGCGAACUUUUUCUCGCUACUACCGCUAUAGAUCAUUACCGUUAGAUUUCGUGCACACGCUCUCCACCGCCGCAAGCACAAUCAUGAUGAAGCGCUUCCUCCAGAAGGCGUCGUGGAGCGACCCGGACAUUGAGCGUGCGCUGUCGCUCAUCACACUGGCCAUGGACGAGAUCCAGAACACUUGGCCCUGCGUGCGAGAGGUUAGGGACGUGCUCCUGCAGGCGCAGCAGACACAGGCGACGAUGCCACCGGAGGAUCCUCUGGAUGCGCCUGAUCUGAUGAAUGGGCUUGAAGCGAGCGACGAUGAUGGAUUCUUUGCAAAUCUAGGAGACGGCGACAUUGGCACACUUCUCACAGACGAGUUUUUGAGUGCGCAGCUCCCUGGAAUGGGACUGGAGCCAUUUGAUUUCAAUCAGAUGUCGGGGCCUUCUUGA